UUGUUGUGCCCUGAUAUCAGGAGCUGGCGGCGAAAAGUUUGAUUAAAAGUUUCAGAGACUGAAACGAAUACAUCAGAUAACACAUAUUUAAGGAAAGAGAAUCGAUAUACAAUUCCGAAAUCGGCUGUAACUGUCACUAGCUAAACAAAGCUUAAAACGAUGUUUGAAUGACCCUGAAUCCAGAAAAUGAAUGGUGACUGAAGUCGCUUAUGGACACGUCGGUAGACUCCUCCUCCUCACCUCAUUGAAAUAAAAAAAAUGAGGGAGUGGGAUGUUUCGGUUCCUCUUUCGUCUCUGACACGCAUAUUCAAUCUAUGGCUGACGGCGAAACAGAGAACCAUUCGGUAGCUAUGGAUAACCGUCCACGGGCAUCAUAACGUCAAUUUUUGUGUGUCCCUAAAACAGAUAUUCGAGAUGAUUCGACUCUGACUGGUUCAACAAACAAAGAUACAUUUCCACAAACAGGGAUAUGUCUUUAUCACGUCGGUUUCCAUCAUCUCUGUAUUGAUGAAGGGGAAUCAGCAGUCAGUGGCCUCAUCUUCUUCUUACAAGCUCAUGCAUGGGAAAUAAUCAAAUCUAGUCUUUGGAGUCUGAUAUCCUCAUGUAGUGAUUUAUGCAUUGCAAAAGAUGUGGAGCUUGCAACAGUGACUUUUCCUAGCAAAGAUUGCAAGCUCAUUUAUAUUAAAGGCAUAAUACUUUACUUAGCUAAUAUCACUAGAGCCUGUCAUCUCCAUGUUAGGAGAGGUUUAGUCAUCAUGCACAGAUGGCCCAACAAAUCAUUUUUGAAUUGGGAACCAUUUAGUUGUUUUGCAGCCAGUGUAAGUGUUGGGUUUUAUCAUCACAAAUCCCCAUGGCAAGGCUGUCACUGACAGCCUGUUAGUUGAUAGGAUUAUGAUCAUACAGGAUUUGCUGUUGGAAGGAGGAACACCUGUCUUUCUUUAGCUAGCAAGCGUCCUGAAAUCCAGGCCACUGGGUUGUUUUGCUUCUUGGUAUACAUUCUUUAUCUAGAUCUGUCUGUGACACUCCUCUCCUACACACUUGCAUACAGCCUUUUACUGAGUACUAAAAGUGGGAUUACAUAGUUGUUUUGGCCACGCUUCCUUAAACUGAGAUUAUUACCCUCCUGCUUCAGAAAAGGACCCUAGGACAUAAUUUAAAUGUGACUAAGGAAACGUAUCUUUUUUUUUGCCAUUGUUGAUAUGCUUAGGCUUUGUCAAAGAGAGCAUCGUAGUGACAUUUGUCUCAUCCUGGAGUGCUUUGAGCCAAGCGGAAAAGACUAUCUAAAGAGCUGGAGGUACCUGUAGCCAAGUCCUUCAUUCACCCCUGUCUCUCCGCACCACUGAAGCCAUGUGUUUACUGUUAUGGCUAUGCCCUGGCAGCCAACCAGAGCGAAAUGGGACUCUGCCAGUGCUAAAGAAUUAGACACAGCCCUGGGAGUUGGACUGGACCAAAGGAUUGCACACACAUAUAUACACACACACACACACACACACACAGACACCAUGCUGCGGAGACAGUAGGCUCCCUGUUUGAGCCCUCGCUGUUUAGUGCUUGUUUUUGUGUGUUUUUUUUCCCUCCGCAAUUCUCAAAGGUUUGGAUGGUUGGGAGCACAAGGGCCACUUUGAAGGAGCCCGGCUGUGGUUUGCCUGGAGCUGACAGACUGCUUGCCAGCUACUGCUGAUUUAAGUACCCUGUGUCCCUCACCACACCUACACCCCUACAUCCACCUUCUCUGCCAACUGUUCCACCCCUGACUGUUCUGGUUAAUGGAGGUCUAAGGGAGUGCAGGCAAGGGUGGGGAACUGUUGCUGACACUGGUCCUGCCGGUCACUUUCAGGCACUUUUUGCACUCCAAGGACUGCUCUCCACUCUGUCCUAACUAAGGACCAUUCCCGCUUAUCUUGGAAGUAAAGAACUACAAGUCAAGGUAGUUAUUUUUUUUUCAAAAGGCUUUUCUACAGGCUGAAGGAUGAAGCUGAAGAAGCAGGUGACUGUGUGUGGAGGAGCCAUAUUCUGUGUGGCCGUAUUCUCCUUAUACCUGAUGUUGGACAGAGUCCAACACGACCCUGCAAGGCGACAGAACGGCGGCGGGAACUUCCCAAGGAGCCAGAUCUCUGUUCUCCAGAACCGCAUAGAACAGCUGGAGCAGCUACUGGAGGAGAACCACCAGAUCAUCAGCCACAUCAAGGACUCUGUCCUGGAGCUGACCGACACCGGCGCUGUGUCCCCCAGCGGAAUGCUGCCUUUCCGCAGUGCCAACGGCUCCUGGGUCCUGCCCUUCGACGGACGCCCCACUUUCCUCUCUGUCAAGCCCCAGGACUGCCAGUUUGCUCAGGGCCGCCGCGGACAGACCGACCUGCAGAUGCUGGACGUGUACUCCCUGCUGAAGUUUGACAAUGUGGACGGGGGUGUGUGGAAGCAGGGCUUUGAGAUCACCUAUGAGCCUGGGGAGUGGGACAGUGAGCCUCUGCAGGUGUUUGUGGUCCCUCACUCCCACAACGACCCAGGCUGGAUAAAGACAUUUGAUAAGUACUACACAGACCAGACGCAGCACAUCUUCAACAACAUGCUGGUGAAGUUGACUGAGGACCCACGCAGGAAGUUCAUCUGGUCCGAGAUCUCCUAUUUCGCAAAGUGGUGGGAGAGCGCUGACAUGCACAAGCAGGAAGCCAUGCGCAAGCUAAUCCUAGGAGGUCAGCUGGAGAUGGUGACUGGAGGCUGGGUGAUGAGUGAUGAGGCCAACGUUCACUACUUCGCCAUGAUCGACCAGCUCAUAGAAGGCCAUCAGUGGCUGGAGAAGAACGUGGGUGUGACCCCCCGGUCAGGCUGGGCUGUGGACCCCUUUGGCCACAGUGCCACCAUGCCCUACCUGCUGAAGAGGGCCAACCUGACCAGCAUGCUCAUCCAGAGGGUCCACUACUCCAUAAAGAAGCACUUCGCCUCCAGCCGCAGCCUGGAGUUCAUGUGGAGGCAGGCCUGGGACCAAAAGUCGGGCACGGACAUCUUCUGCCACAUGAUGCCCUUCUACAGUUAUGACGUGCCACACACCUGCGGGCCGGACCCCAAGAUCUGCUGCCAGUUUGACUUUAAGAGGCUGCCAGGCGGCCGGGUCAACUGUCCUUGGAAGGUCCCUCCGCGGGCCGUGGUGGAGGCCAACGUGGCAGAGAGGGCCCACCUGCUCUUGGACCAGUACCGAAAGAAGUCCAAGCUUUUCCGCAGUAAGGUGGUUCUGGUUCCACUGGGAGAUGACUUCCGCUACGACAAGGCCCUGGAGUGGGACCAGCAGUAUCUCAACUACCAGAGACUCUUUGACUACAUGAACUCUCACCCCGAGAUGCACGUGCAGGCCCAGUUUGGGACCCUGACCGACUACUUCACUGCGGUUUACAAGGCCAACAAUGUGCCCCAGGGUGCCAGACCCCCAGACUACCCGGUGCUGAGCGGGGACUUCUUUGCGUAUGCAGACCGCGAGGACCACUACUGGAGCGGCUACUACACCUCCCGGCCCUUUUACAAGAGCAUGGACCGCGUGCUGGAGUCCCAUCUCCGGGGGGCAGAGAUCCUGUUCAGUCUCGCCGUGGCACACGCUCGCCACACAGGCAUGGAGGGCCGCUACCCCACUUCAGACUACACCCUGCUGACGGAAGCAAGGCGUAACGUCGCUCUCUUCCAGCAUCACGAUGCCAUCACAGGCACCGCCAAGGAGAACGUGGUCAUUGACUACGGCAACAGGUUACUGCACUCCCUGCAGGGCCUGAAGAGAGUGAUCAUUAACGCAGCCCACUUCCUAGUGAUGAAGAACAAGGAUGUGUAUCGUUUCUACCAGACAGAACCCUUCCUAGAGACGGAUGACCGACGUGCCACCCAAGACUCCCUGCCCCAGCGCACACUUAUCGAACUGGACCAGUCAGGACCCAGGUACCUGGUGCUAUUCAACCCGGUGGAGCAGGAUAGGCUGUGUGUGGUUACAGUGUUGGUGAACUCUGCCAGGGUCAGGGUGCUCACAGAGGACGGACAGACCCUCCCUGUGCAGCUCAGUGCCCAGUGGAGCUCUGCUAGCCAGAUGAGUGCAGAGGUCUUCCAGGCCUCCUUCAUGGUGCGUCUGCCUGCCCUGGGCCUGGCUGUGUUCCACCUGUAUGACUCUGCCGACACCCCCAUGACGCUGCGCUCUGAGACCCUGCUGAGGCUGUCUGGUCGGGGGCAGACUGCCCACGCUGUGGAUCCCCUCCCCCUCCGCUCCCAGACGGCAGACCCACAACCCUUCUACAUCUCCACCCAGGCCCUCACACUGGGCUUCUCAGGAACCACCGGCCUGCUGGAGAGUAUCCGUCGUAAAGACGACCCUCAGGAGUUGAAGGUUCAGAUCCAGUUUGUGACAUAUGGUACUCGGUCCUCCAAGGAUAAGAGCGGGGCUUACCUCUUCCUGCCUGACGGAAAGGCUAAGCCCUACAGUCAGAAGGAGCCUCCGGUGGUGCGUGUGGUGGAGGGACCUCUUUUCUCUGAGGUAGUGGCUCUCUAUCAGCACUUCCAACAGACCAUCCGCAUACACAAUGUGCCAGGUGUGGACGGUCUGUCUCUGGAUGUCACCACCAUGGUGGACAUCAGAGAACAGUCUAACAAGGAGCUGGCCAUGCGACUGGUCACUGACAUCCAGAGUGACGACACCUUCUACACAGACCUCAACGGAUUCCAGAUGCAGCCCCGGCGCCGCCUCCUGAAGCUCCCCCUGCAGGCCAACUUCUACCCAAUGACCAGCCAGGCCUACAUCCAGGACAGCCAGCACCGCCUCACCCUGCACUCUGCCCAGGCCCUGGGUGUCACCAGCCUAGAGAGCGGCCAGUUGGAGGUGAUUCUGGACCGGCGGCUGAUGCAAGAUGAUAACCGCGGCCUGGGCCAGGGACUGAAGGACAACAAGAAGACAGCCAACCGCUUCCGCCUCCUACUGGAGAGUAGGUCCACUGGCAACAAGCAUGCUGGCUUCUUUGCCAAACUCUUCUCCAUGUUUCACUCGCUCAUCACAAUCACUCUGAGAGGCGGUGCUCAAGAGGUGGUGGACAGUGGACCAACCAGCUUCCCCUCCCUGCUCAGUCACUUGACCUCGGCCAUCCUCAACCACGAGGUGAUUGCGCUGCCAGUGCUGCCCAAGAAGCGUGGCAUCCCUCCCCUGCACACCUUCGCCCCCCUCACAGGGGCCCUGCCCUGCGACUUCCACGUGAUCAACCUGCGCAGCAUCCAGCACCAGCAGGACACCCACUCCCCGUCUCCCUACACGGCCCUCAUCCUGCAUAGGAAGGGUCUGGACUGUGGUCUGGAGACCCCCAACCCCGGCUUCAACUGUACCACUACCGAGGGACAGCUGGGUUUGUCGUCUCUGUUCCGUAACCUGGACCUCCAGCUGCUACAGCCCGUGUCGCUGUCCCUGAUGUACUCCAGCCCCCCUAUGGCUAACGACUCCUCCAUCAGCCUGGAGCCCAUGGAGAUCUCAGCCUUCAGGCUCAAACUGCGCUAGCCGGGCCCAGAUACACACCUCCACACCAGUCCAGGACCAGACCAGACCCACCCAGACCAGUUUUGGUCCCACCUGGUCCUGCUCUGUUCAGUUUUAUUCUAUAGGAAAACUGCCUCCCAGUGUACAGAGGGGUGGCCACGCUGGUGUUUCCUGGUCCAACCUGUGUAUACACUACGCACUACACACACACACACACACACACACACACACACACACACACACACACGCACUACACACCACACGCACUACACACUCUCUGAACUGUAAAUUCAGCCCGUAAGAGCAGGUAGCAUUCAUGACUACACUCUAUCUGCAGGGGGCAGAAGAUGGCUGUCGCAGACACAGACAGACAAUCUCAGAACCAGAAACCGACAGACAAUCUCAGAACCAGAAACCUUUUGGGGGUUUUGUGCUUGUGAUAAUACAGGUGCUGUCUUUAUCACAGAACAGCUAUUGGCGGUCUUCUGCCUUUGCAUUGCAGUAGUGAUGUCAAGUAACAGAAACAUACUUUGUUUUAAGUUUUUAAGAUAACUUUAUUUGAUUAUUUUUUCUAUCCCAUCCUGGACUAACUACUGAAUGUAAAUAUCACAAGGAUAAGGACCUGGGAAUAACGUGGCGACGAGUGCAAUUUCUAAAGCUUUAUUUGGUGUGGACAGUUUAAAAAAAUCUAUAUUUAAUUCUGAUGGAGCCUACCUGCGGCGGACUAGAGAACUGUUCAUUCCAUUAGGUGCUCAUCACUGCUCAUUGUUUUCUAUUGACUGCAUUAACCGACUGAAUGCAGCUGUGUACUAGCAGUGUGAAUGUGUGCUCUCUCUCUCUCUCUCUCUCUCUCUGUCUCUCUGUCUCUCUGUCUCUCUGUCUCUCUGUCUCUCUGUCUCUCUGUCUCUCUGUCUCUCUGU